AUGUCCGGGCGCGGCAAGCAAGGAGGCAAGGCCCGCGCCAAGGCCAAGUCGCGGUCGUCGCGCGCCGGCCUGCAGUUCCCGGUGGGGCGCGUGCACCGGCUGCUGCGCAAGGGCAACUACGCGGAGCGCGUGGGCGCGGGCGCGCCGGUGUACAUGGCGGCCGUGCUGGAGUACCUGACGGCCGAGAUCCUGGAGCUGGCGGGCAACGCGGCGCGCGACAACAAGAAGACGCGCAUCAUCCCGCGCCACCUGCAGCUGGCCAUCCGCAACGACGAGGAGCUGAACAAGCUGCUGGGCAAAGUGACGAUCGCGCAGGGCGGCGUCCUGCCCAACAUCCAGGCCGUGCUGCUGCCCAAGAAGACCGAGAGCCACCACAAGGCGAAGGGCAAAUGA